AUGGUGGCAUACGAUGAACUUGGAACGCUGGUGCCGAUUAAAAGGACUUUGCAAGUGAUAAGCUGCCAAAACCAAGCCAGCAAAGAACUAGAGGGACCCAGUAACAAGCGCGUCCGAUCGCUCGGCAGGGUGACGUCGCUCGCUAACCUCAUUUCCCCAGUCAAGAAUGGGGCCGUCCGGCGAUUUGGCCAAACCAUCCAGGCCUCUUUUCGGGGCGAUGGGAAGCCGGCAGCGCCCCACAAACCCUGCUCCAAGGCCACAGCCCCCACUCCUCCCAAACGUAGGAACAGCGCCCUGUGGUCCGAGACACUGGAUCUGCAUCAGAAGAGAACACUUUCAGCCAAAGAGAUCAAGAGACAAGAGGCUAUUUUUGAGCUGUCCCGUGGAGAACAAGACCUGAUCGAGGAUUUGCAGCUUGCACGAAAGGCGUACCACGACCCCAUGCUGAAGUUGUCUAUCAUGUCAGAGCAAGAGUUGACCCACAUAUUCGGAAACUUGGACACUUUUAUUCCUCUGCACGAAGAUCUACUAGAUCAGCUGUCCAAGGCCACUGGGGCAGAUGGCACUGUGGGGCAGAUCGGGCAGAUUGUGGUCAGCUGGCUCCCGAGGCUGAACGCAUACAGAGACUACUGCAGUAACCAGCUAGCGGCAAAAGCACUGCUGGAUCAGAGGAAGCAGGACCCACGGGUGCAGGACUUCCUCCAGCGCUGUCUUGAGUCACCCUUCAGUCGAAAACUAGAGCUUUGGAGCUUUCUGGACAUUCCACGCUCCCGCCUGGUCAAAUACCCACUUCUACUGAGAGAGAUCCUGAGACACACGCCAGCAGAGCAUCCGGACAACGCCAGCCUGGAGAGAGCGAUCUGCGUGAUCCAGGACGUGCUGUCUGAGAUUGACCUGAAGAAGGGAGAGUCUGAGUGUCAGUUCUACAUCGACAAACUGGAGUAUUUGGACGAGCGGCAGAAGGAUCCGCGCAUUGAGCAGUGCAAGAGCCUGCUGUGCCACGGCGAGUUGCGCAGCAAAGGCGGCACGAAGCUGCAUGUUUUCCUGUUCACCGAGGUGCUGGUCUUGACCCGUCCUGUGACCCGAAACGAGCGCCAGUGUUUCCAGAUGUAUCGCCAGCCCAUCCCAGUGGCAGAGCUGCUGCUAGAGGACCUGCAGGAUGGGGACGUGCGCAUGGGGGGCUCCUUCAGAGGGGCCUUCAGCAACGCCGACAAAGCAAAGAACAUCUUCCGCGUCCGCUCCCGGGACCCCACGCAAGCCCACUCAUCGCACACGCUGCAAGUGGACGAUGUGUUCCACAAGCAGCAGUGGCUGAACUGUCUGCGCGCUGCCAUCUCCACGGCUUCCCCCACCUCCCCCACGCUCCGUCGCCGUCCUUCGUCCCUCUCCGCCAUCGUCCACAUGGAGGAAGAGCUGGAAAACCGUGGCAAACUCCAAACACAGUCUCUCCCCAGUUCACCGCGCUCCGAAACCCUCACACCUCAGCCGCCCAGAAGAUCGCUGCCCACCUGCGCCACUGCCGCCUCCUCGCUUAAAAGCAAAAAGGACAAACGAUCCAUCUACUCCCUGGGCAAACGAAAAGAAACAAUGGUGUGA